GUCAAGGUUGCCUUUAAAUAAUGGGGGACAUGACUUAAUAAAAAAUCAGUAGAGUGCACUAUUUUUCCAAAACACAAUAAGACUUACAGUAAACACUCAAACCUUCAGUUCAGUCAUUGGCUAGGUGCAGGGUAGGAAAGGGAGACUCAGCUUUCUUGAUAUUGGUUGCCAGGAAACACACAAAAGCACCAGGGCAGAGAAAACAAACAACUCCAUAUUGCUGGGACAUUGGCCUUUGGAUGCAAGAACUUCACUGAGUGAGAGGGACUUUGAACCUGCUGAAAAGGAUGAAAGCAGUGAAGGUCAGUCAAAGAGGUUAGAAAAAGAUGCUUUUCUAAUUUUUUUCUUAUUUUUUUUUUAAUUAAAUGUCAGCCACAAGGGGUUUCUUUGUCAGUAUGAAGUGGGAAAAUCCUGACAUGAAUUUCUAAUGAAUUCAGGGGAAACAGAUUAUAAAGAGUCCGAUGUCUUGAAAACGAACUAUGGUUCCAAGUAAAUGAAAGAUGUUCAUUUUUUCCAUCUUGGCUUAAUGGUUUUGCUCCCUAGUUAUAUGGUUGGGCCUUUCAUUUAAAAUUUUAUUCUAAAUUGAACUCCAUUUCAAAGGCACAUACUGAAGCAGCAACAAGAGAAACAAACACAGAGAGCUGAAGAAUGCUGAAGAGGGGUAAAGUUAUUAGGAGCUACCCUGAUCCUGCGCUUGGAUUGAACAUGAGGCCCCAGUCAGAACCAACAUGCCUUGAGAAAACAGAAGGUCUUACUGCAAGUGAAGACUAUGGUACAGGUCUCCUGGAAAACAAGCUCCGUGUGGAAGAUUUUGUGAAGAUACAACAAGUCUUUGAGUCCCAAGAUCCAAGCCAAACCAUUUGUAUGCCCAGAGAAGAAUUCAUACAGAAGAUGACAGAGACUGUGGGUUGGGGCACAAAGGAAGAAUAUGGAGAACUCUUUGACAAAGUGGAUGUGGCCCGGGAUGGCCUCAUUGACUGGGACAAGCUGACUUCAUUUAUACUGUUAUCGCUUUAUGAGAGAGAUGAACGAGCAAAGGCAACAGUUGUUCCCCAAUGGAAGGACCUUGAAUUCCUCCCAGGAAAACACAAGGACACUAUUCAGAAAGUAGUUUUCUUAAAAAGUUCCAGUCGUUACUUAACUAUUAGCAAGGAAGGCUUACUAGGAAUCUGGGGAGAGAACUUAAAGUUGCAAGAAUCACUUCCUAUCACUUCAGAUGCCAUCAAACUCAAACAUCUGUGGGUGACAAGUUUGGUUUCUCUGGAAAAUGUUAACAAGAUAGCAGUAGCUUUUACGAGCAAAGAGAUUUGUUUCUAUGAUCUACUGUCCAAAGAAGAAUUUCCUUGUCAAUACAAACUCCAAGGCCUGCAAGGAGCUCCCAUAUGCAUGGAUUAUUGGUAUGAUCCUAUUGAUCCCAAAGACUCCAUCCUUUCUUUUGGAGAUAUAACUGGAAAGGUUCAAGCAAUUGCUUUCACAGCAGCCGUGAUUUCCCUUUUUGAACGGCCUGCUAACGCGUGUGAUGAUGAGGAAGCCACGAUGGCCAUCGACUGGGCCGAGUUGGUCUCUGGAUGUCACAAGUGUUGUCAUGUAUUACAGCACAAACAUCAUCAUGGAGAGUGGGUUCGACAAGUUACUUACAAUGCUUCUUUAGAUGCUUUUAUUUCCAGUACAAUGAGCAGUACAAAUACUGUGGUGCUGGCAUGGAGAGAGAAGUCAAAAAAAAUCCUUAAAAUGACAUCUUUCAACAUUGCCCAGGGCAUUCACGCUUUUGAUUACCACUCUCGGCUCAAUUUAAUUGCAACAGCUGGCAUCAACAACAAAGUUUGCCUUUGGAAUCCCUAUGUCCUGUCUAAACCAGUUGGUGUUCUAUGGGGUCAUUCAGCCAGCGUCAUAGCAGUUCAAUUCUUUGCAGAGAGAAAACAACUUUUCAGCUUCUCCAGGGAUAAAGUUUUGAGGCUCUGGGAUAUUCAACACCAGCUGUCCAUUCAAAGGAUAACUUGUCCUUUCCCCAAAAGCCAGGACUUCAGGUGCCUCUUCCACUUUGAUGAAACCCACGGACGACUUUUUAUCUCCUUCAAUAAUCAGCUUGCCUUGUUGGCCAUAAAAAAUGAAGCCAGUAAGAGGGUGAAGAGCCAUCUGAAAGCAGUCAGUUGUAUUCUUUACAAUUCCUUCCUGAAACAGGUAAUCAGCUCUGAUGUGGGGUCUACUGUGUCUUUCUGGAUGAUAGAAACUGGGCAGAAAAUCAAACAGUUUGCUGGUUGUCAUGGCAAUGCAGAGAUCAGCACCAUGGCCCUGGAUGCAAAUAAGACACGUCUUCUGACUGGCAGCACAGAUGGGACUGUAAAGGUAUGGGAUUUUAACGGCUAUUGUCACCAUACUCUUAAUGUUGGUCAAGAUGGAGUUGUGGACAUUUCCCAGAUUCUGAUUCUUAAGAAGACCAUCCUGGUUGUGGGCUGGGAGAGAGCGGUUACUGUAUUUCGGCCUCAGAACUUUAGUCAGUUUUUCAUCCAGUCUGAAGAGUGGAAAGGGGGAGUCCAUCACCAAGAUGACAUCCUGUGUGCUGCAUUUUUGCCCCCGCAAACUCUUGCUACAGGAAGCUAUGAUGGAGAAAUUGUUCUGUGGAAUAACAACACAGAAAAUGCUCACCAUGUUCUUCACCCUGGUUACCAGAGGCAGCUAACAUCCAUGUUAGAUGUAGAAGUCCAACAGCUUAAUGCCAGGAGAAGCUGUGCAACUCACUGUGUGGCAGACCAGGCCACCCAGGCUGCUGGGAAUGUAAAGAUUGACACAGAAGGUAAUAAUGCUGUUAUGAGGCUUUGCUUCCUUGAAGCAAGGAAAACCAAUGCAGCCACAGGAGGUGCUAACCUGGUGUCAUGUGGAGCAUCUGGUUAUGUCAGAUUUUGGGAUAUAUUUAAGAAAGUACUUAUGGCCGAAUUUUUGGCACAUGCUGGAGUUGGCUCCAUUAUUAUGUCUACUGAUAAACUGAAUCAAUACCUUGCCACUGGAGAUUCUGAUGGAUGGAUGAAAAUCUGGGACAUAGAGGAGUAUUGUACUAACUCCACUGAGAGCAAAAUUACCCAGACUCCAGCUUUGCUCAGAUCAUUUCAACCUCAUGUGGACCGCAUAAGUGCCUUGGAGAUAUGUGAGUCCGGUGGCCAUUUGCUUAUCAUUUCCUCCUCUGCAGACUGCAGUGUCUGUGUGACUGGACUUUCCAAUGCUCCUGCCUUGAUCUUUGGUCAGGCAAGCCAUUGGGAUAUUGAAAACUACUUUUCUCUUCCUAAGUGGGACACUAAUUUAAUGGAAAGUAAGAUUCAAGAGGAAAAUGUGAAAGUAAACCCUUCCUUUUCCAAAGAGGAGUUGUGCUUAGACUCAACAGAACAGUCUCUACUUACUGAGGCAGACAAAGACAGCUCAACACAAAAUACCAGAUCAUCAGAAGAAAUGAAUUUCAGCCUGAAACAUAAGAGGAGAAAUAUCUUUAAGAAAAAAACACUUAAGCCUUGCUAUGGUGAAAUUGUACAAAAAUCAACCAGUACAUUUAGGUCCUUAAGACUUAGAACCCUGAAAGAGCUGCCUGAAGUAAAUAAACCUGCAUUUCUUCUAGACCCUGACAAAUACUUUAAAGAAGCACCAGAUGAGGAUGAACCCCAAAUUCCAGAGCUUCCUUUGCUCUCUGAAACUUUGAAAGCUGUAUUUGAUGAGAAAAGCCUAUUCCCCAAAGAAUUUCUCUAUCAUGAAAGCCAAGCCAAGCCAAUGUGUCAUGAAACAAAUGGUGAAAUGAAGAUAAAGCGAAACAAGAAGCAAUUAUGAUAAAAUAGCAAACACACCACUGUGAUAUAGAGCUCCAAAGGAUGCUGAGAGGAACCCUGGAUCCCACUAUCUCUAUUACUUUAAGUGUGAACUUCAAAAAAUUUUUCUUCAGACGCUGUGAUUUUUAUGAGUUCA